UUUGUUUCUGCCCCUUCAUCAAAGUUUUCAUGUUCUGGUUUCCUUCUCCAGCACGAUGCCAGUGAUGAUUUCGGUGAUCCCAGGCUUCGUUUUUCCUCCCAGAGCUAAUGAAUGUCUGUCUCUGUCGCACACCACCACGACAGAGGGCCCGGAGAGCCCAGCGGAUAGAAAUGAGAGAGACCAGGGCAGAGAUGGAUAGAUCUUGGUAUCCCACAUCGCUGGCAGAGACAACAAACAACAAGCAUGACACCACGCCGUACUGCACCAUACCGCACCCCUCCCCUUCCCUUCCGCUCUGGCUCGCAAAAGGCUCCUGGGCCAGAAAGCAGAGUCUGGGAUGGGGCUGUUUCGUGGCUCUAGUACCCGGCGGGUGUCCCAAAGCCAAGCCCCGGCCAAGUCAAGCGAGACUAGAUCACUUUGGUGCGUAUCUUGCGCUAAUUGAGGUCUCCAUGGAUGAGCAGAGGGGAGCGAAGUGGAGAGUGGGAGGGGGAGGAGGCGGAGGAGAGUGCCUAACGGGAAGCAAAGGCACGAAAGGCCGUGGCUACCUAUCUAACACCUAGCUACCUAGCUACCUACCUGCAAGCCUCAUGGCCAUACGAACACCCUACCUUUUAUUUCCUACCUACCUGUAUUGUUACCCGCACCUAUUUAGGUAGU